AUGAAUACAAGCAUAAGCGAAGAUUCAAGGAGUUGUAGCGAAGCGUAUAAUGAGGAGGAAGAAGAAAGCCCAGACUCCGACAGACGACUCUCUCUCGCCUUUAAUCAAAGUCGACAUACGGAGAAAAUACAGGCUCCAGAAAUUGUUACACAGACAUGGAGAAUGAAAGAAAGAAUGAAAACUGUGAGCGUUGCCUUAGUAUUAUGUCUAAAUGUUGGAGUUGACCCGCCAGAUGUGGUCAAAACUUCACCAUGUGCCCGUUUGGAGUGCUGGGUGGACCCUUUAUCAAUGAGUCCACCCAAAGCACUGGAAACAAUAGGAAACAAUCUCCAUAAACAGUAUGACAGAUGGCAGCCAAGGGCUCGAUACAAGCAGUCUUUGGAUCCUACUGGAGAAGAAGUAAAAAAGCUUUGUACUACCAUGAGAAGAAACGCUAAGGAUGAGCGUGUCCUCUUUCAUUACAAUGGUCAUGGAGUACCAAAGCCUACAUCAAAUGGAGAAAUUUGGGUUUUUAAUAAGAAUUAUACCCAGUACAUCCCACUGUCAAUUUAUGAUCUUCAAAGUUGGAUGGGAAGUCCCUCCAUUUAUGUAUAUGAUUGUUCCAAUGCUGGAGUCAUUGUUGAGUCCUUUAAACAGUUUUCUGCUCAGCGAGAAGUGGAACGUGAGGCAAUGAUGAACACAAAUGGUACUUCAGCAGGGACUGGUGGCUCAUCAACUCCAACUUCUGGACGAGGGACUGCAUCCACUCCUCUGUCCAUGAGUAACUGUAUUCAACUAGCGGCCUGCAGUAAGGAUGAACUUUUGCCAAUGAAUCCUGAACUCCCUGCAGACUUAUUUACCUCCUGCCUCACUACUCCUAUCAAAAUGGCUUUGAGAUGGUAUGUGUCCCAGGAUUCUGGGAAACUUGUCUCUGGUGCCACUCAAGAGCUUGUUGACAAGAUUCCAGGUCAAUUGAACGAUCGUCGGACUAUGCUUGGAGAGUUGAAUUGGAUUUUUACUGCAAUAACUGACACCAUUGCAUGGAAUACUCUUCCAAGAGAACUGUUCCAAAAGCUAUUCAGACAGGAUUUGCUUGUUGCUAGUUUAUUUCGCAACUUUCUGCUGGCAGAAAGGAUCAUGCGAUCUUAUAACUGCACACCUGUGUCUAGUCCUCCUCUACCUCCAACUUAUCAACAUAGAAUGUGGGCUGCUUGGGAUUUUGCACUUGAUAUGUGUUUGCGGCAACUACCUACUGUAGCAGUGGUAGACAGUGAUGGCACUAUGUUUGAUCACAGCACUUUCUUUGCACAGCAGCUGACUGCAUUCCAAGUUUGGCUUACUUACGGUUCUGAAAUUAGAAGUCCACCUGAACAGUUACCAAUUGUUUUACAGGUUUUACUUAGUCAAGUCCAUCGAGUAAGAGCACUGGAACUUUUAGGCAGAUUUUUGGAUUUGGGCCCUUGGGCUGUUAGUUUGGCAUUGUCUGUUGGCAUUUUUCCUUAUGUGUUAAAGUUGUUGCAGAGCUCUGCACGUGACCUCAGACCUUUGCUUGUAUUUAUCUGGUCAAAGAUUUUAGCUGUUGAUAGUUCUUGUCAGACUGAUUUGGUGAAAGACAAUGGUCACAAGUAUUUUCUAUCUGUUUUGAGUGAUCAGAAUAUGACUUCGGAGCAUCGUACCAUGGCAGCUUUCAUCUUGGCCAUGAUUGUGAAUAAUUACCCCCAGGGACAGAAAGCAGCUUUCCAGGGCAAUGUGAUCUCCAUCUGUCUUGAGCAGUUAAAUGACCCUAAUCCACACCUCAGGCAAUGGCUUGCGCUUUGUCUAGGAAAAGUUUGGAUGAACUAUGAGACUGCUCGUUGGUGUGGCGUACGUGAUCUGGCUCAUGAAAAACUCAGCAACCUACUGACUGAUUCUGUACCUGAGGUUCGUGCCGCUGCUGUGUACGCACUGGGAACCUACAUCAGUAGCUGUUCGUCAGAGCGUAGUGACCACGCCAGCAACAUAGACUUAGGUAUUGGGAUGAGUCUGACUCACAUUGUGAAUGAUGGUAGUCCUCUGGUACGCCAGGAAUUGGCUGUUGCUCUGGGUGGUCUUGUUCAGCAGUUUGAGUCUCCCUUUGUGGCUGUGGCAUCUCAAAUGUUGGAAGAAGAACGGAUAAAAGAAAAGAAUGCCCCAAUGAUUGCUGCCGUCACGUCAGGAGGAUGGAAUGUUGUAACAUCUACAUGUGCAGAUCUUGUUUCUUCUGUUUUAGAUGGCUACCUGACACUCCCUCUUCCUGGCAUGAAACGUAGUGCCUCCCGCGGCAGUCUCAAAAAUAUGGCCACUCGUCAUGGUCUUUCAAGUAGCAACAGCAUAUCAAACCUGGAAGGCCUGGCUACUCCAGACCCUGGCAUUGGGUCUACAGGUGUGGUAGGAGGCACAGUGAUCAGUAGUGGAGAUCGUAUCCGCCGCACAUCAUCUAGCUCAAACCUAUCAACUUGCACCUCUGUGGUGAAUAAUGUCUAUGUGAGUGUGUGGCGCACUUUACUUGUUCUUUCCACUGAUCCUCACCCUGAUGUGAUGGAGAAAGCCAAAAAGGUUAUUAAUGUCAUGAAGCUGAAGGCUACUGUGCCGUUGACUAAAAUUCGCUUCUCCUCUUCUCCUUCCUGCCAGUCUGCACCUUCCAGUCCACCAGGUCGGGGUCCAAGCCUUGCUACUGUGAGAAACCACUCAACAGAAUUGCCAGAAUCUAAAUCUGAUGCCAAGCUAGAUCAACAUCUGGAGAAAAGACCUCGAAGUCGGAACUCUGAGACUGGGGUUGAAGGUCGUCGGGAGAUGACCAGCCCAAUCAAAAAAACUUCAGAGACAACCAGAGACGCCGUCCACCAUAGUACUGCUAAAGGUUCAAGUGGCCCAAACAUAAUGGUCUCUUCUCAAGAAUUACGUAGCCAACAGCAGCAGCAAGGCAGUGGUGCAGCUCCUCCCUCAAAUUCUAGUCAUCAUAGGCGAGACAGUUCUGGUGAGAGGAGCCGCCGCAGCCCUUCCCAUGGAGAUCCAAACGGAAGUGCUACUGUUGAUCAAGAUGGUACCAGAAUAAGCAAACGAGUUUCACGAACUCGACCAGCAUCUCCCGCUAGUCAACAGAUUCCUUAUUCAGCUCAGUUUCUGCCUAGUCGAAAAAUUUUUGACAAAGGACCAGGAUUGGUUGAAGAUAAGAAAGAAGAAUGUGGUAUCAAGAAGCCAUUGGUGACAACAGAGUUUUUCAAGUGGAGCAGUAAAUAUUUUGCUCAGCCUCUCAAGUCCUGGGAUGAAGGGGAUCCAGAAAGCAAACUGUCUAUGGAACGGGAUUACAGAUUCCAGCGAAAUGCUAUGGUCAGGAAUGAAGCCAAACCAGAACAGUUUAAAGCAGGCUACAAUCGAUUUGAUGAUCAAAUCUUUGUCAAUAAAAAUUCUGGUAUUCCUAAUAUUCUCCGCUUUCAUCCAUAUGAAGCCCACCUAGCUGUUGCAGACAAAGAUAACGUGAGUGUGUGGGACUGGGAACAAGGCAUUCAGCUAAGUUUUGUUAACAAUCAACCCAAAAGUGGCCGUAUUACCUCCAUGGAAUUUAUUAACCCUCAUGAUCAAGCCUUACUGAUGUGUGGAUCAGAUGAUGGUUCUGUUCGUGUGUGGCGAAAUUACAGUGAGGAGAAUAAGCAGGUUUUGGUUACAGCUUUCCAGGGAUUAUCUGAAAUGCUGCCCCUGCAGCGAGGUUCUGGUUUGGUAUUAAGCUGGGAUCAAGUGACAGAGACGUUAUUUACUACAGGCGACGCCCGAAUCAUAAGAAUUUGGGACAUCAAGAGAGAAGUAAAGACUCAGGAUUUGUUUACUGGUGCUGACAGCUGUGUAACUAGUAUUGCUUGUGACCCUACCAACAUGGCUGUCUUAGUGGCAGGCUGUGGGGAUGGUUCUGUACGGAUAUUUGACAGCCGACUCUCGCCUUCUGAGUCCUUGGUAAGGACAUUGCGAGAGCACAACAGUUGGGUAGUAAAUGUUCACUAUCAACGAGGUUCGUACAGCAGGAUAGUUACUUCAAGUUCUGCUGGUGAUAUCCGAUUUUGGGAUAUGAGGAGUCCAGAUUCUGUUCGAAAGAUACAGACCCAGCAAGGAUUGUCUGCUAUGGAAUUGCAUCAAUAUGCAGACGUCAUAGCUUGUGGUUCAAAUCAAGCCAUUGUAAUCCUGAAUCAUGCAGGGGAACAGCGCAGUGUCAUAAAAAACCAUGAGGGCUUUCUGGGCCAGAGAAUUGGUCCUGUCCGAUGUUUGACCUUUCAUCCAUACAAAGUCAAGCUUGCGGCUGGGUGUACUGAUUCUCUGGUGUCCGUGUAUUCCACGGCACAGCGACGUAUAAGCAAUCAGCAACCUGAUGUCAUUCCAGCUCUUCACUUAUUUAAGGUUUUCUUAAAGGAUUCAUUACCAGUUGGAUUUUGGCCAGCCCCACUUCUGUUUUCUAUUAGGAAUCUACCAUGGAACUUGAAAUCCAAACCUAGGAGGUGCCACAUUCCACUGCCAGAAAUCAAUGGAGGGAAUUUUCUUUUUUUUAUCAUUGUCCUUUCUUUUCUUUUCUCGACACAAACACAAUUUCACACACUGUCCUGCUGUAACAGAGGUAUACACUUUCUUCCUCUCUUUGUUUUUCCUUUUUCUUUCCUUCCUUUUUCUUCUGUAGACAGUUCAGUUUCCAAACCUGACUCACUGCAACAGGGAUAUACACUUUCUUCCUCUCUUUGGUUUUCUUCUUUCUUUCCUUCUUUUUCUUUACACAAUUCAGCUUAUAACAGAGGUAUACACUUUCUUCUCUGGUUUUCCUUUUUCUUUAAACACAGGCUGAAUCCUCAGCAUAUAAAUUUCUCUGCAUCUUCAAUUUGGGGUUCUUGA